AUGAUACAAGGUGCCUGUGGUAUAGCCUACUACGCGAUAGAAGGCCCAGUCCUUAUGGUUAAGAUGCUUAAGCAGGAGACCAACAACUGGCGGGAUAACCAGGCAACAGUAGCAUACCCAUCCAGAGUUGAGGUUAGUCAAGCUAAGGCUUUUAAAACCAGAGGAAACCUCAACAAUUUCCAGGAAAAUUAUAAAUGGAUGGCGAUCAGAUGA